CACAGUCUACCAAAAACCAGUUCUGUUACUUUGUUUCAGCGAAUUCACUAUCGUUUUCCUCUAAUCUUCGAACAAAAAAUUAUAGCAUAGAAUCCUCUUAUUAGGAUGCUCAAUUUCCUGAAUGAUUAAGCUCUAUCUUCUGUGUGUUAAUCUAUAAAAAGCUUUUGAAAUAAUUCGCAAGGUUCAUUCUGCAGUUUUGAAGCGAACGCGGAGCAUUGUUGGUUCACUGUGGGUGAUCUCAAGGUCGAAAUAUUUUAACAGUUCUGACACUUUAUCUCCAAAACUGUUCUACAUAAAGCCAUUCUAUUGAUACAGUUCGGUGUGUGGACAAUCUGUUCUAUAUAAAACCAUUAUAUUGAUACAAUACCGUGUGUGGACAAUACUCUUAACUGAUCAAUUUUCUAUCGGAAUACGUAAUUUCAAAUACACUUUUUUCCAUUUUUUCAUCAUCAAAAUUUGAUAAAUAUAAAGCGGGUGUGUGAAUAGUCUUAUCAUCUGAUAAUUUCUCUAGUGGAAUUCGCAGUAUCAUUUUACGUUUAUAUAAUUGUUGGAAGUUUCAAUAAUUCAACAAUUUCAAGAAUGAUGUAUUCCGUGAUUGUUGUAUCAACCCUAGCAGUUAUGCUAGCUCUAUUUACGGUACAAGUUAGCAGUAAACCCUCCAGAAUCGAGUUGCAGCAGAAUAUCAUCAUUACAGACGAUGAAAAAGACGUGCCAGUACCAGAGAAUCUGGACAUGAUGAGUGCUAUGCUGGAAUCCAUAAUAGGAAGCAAAGACAUCAUGCAGAUCCCCGAUGCAGACCCGGAAGGCUUGGACAAUUUGAAAGAGAGAUGCAUUUUUGGAACAAGAGUUUGCAAUCUCCACUGCGUGGCCAAAGGCAAACGCUAUGGCAGGUGUGUUCAUGGACGUUGUGUUUGCUACUAGAACUGAAUUACUUUUGUGAAGUAGAAUUUACCAUGAAAUGUGUGAUAUUUACAUUUUUUACAUUCAAUAAACAUUGGUAAUUUCAUUAAAAUACAGAUAUAAAUGAUUAUUAUCAUCAAUAUUAAUGUUGAAUGUUCCCUGAAUUUCGUAACUGGAACAUCGUCGAAAUUUUGUAAGUAAAGUUUGUAAUAAAAUUUUUAAUUCUUCCA